GUCCAACGUGGUUCCUCUCUGGAGCGCCGCUUGUGUCCACUCUCUCUCUCUACUUUGUAGGAAAGUUAACGGAGGGAAGUUUUUUUGGCGAGUUUACCCGGUGAAGUCUCAUCACCAGGCGGACGAGGUUGAGCGCGUCUAUUUGGGGGGGUGUGACAGCACUCUCCAUACAGCUGUGUGUUGUUUAUGACUUGAGCAGGUUGCUUUAACGGAAAGGAAUACACACCGGCAUGUUCUUGAGUGCGCACACCGGAGGCUGACCGACCGACUACCGGACGCUUUGCUGCCUAUAAUUCGAUCUGAAUGAGCGCUUCGAUGUUGUUGACAUUCAUCCCAUCAAACAUGGCAACUUUGAGAAGUAGUAAGCUUGUGUAUGACAUGAAUGACAAACAGGACAGGCUUUAUGUGUGCGGCGCCCCGGGCUGCUCUCAGCUGCACGCAUCUCUUCAUAUCUUUCUCACUCUGUCGGUGUGCUGCAGCGUUUCCAGUUAGAGGAGCACCUGAUCAUCCACGGACGCAAGCAUGAGAUGUCCCUCAAGUUCUCCUCCAUCAAGACGGAUUCGGCUUUUACAGACCAGACUCCGACGCCGACCCGAUUUUUGCAGAACUGUGAAGAGGUUGGUCUGUUCAAGGAGAUAGAGGAAGAGUUUCUUCAAGCACAAGAAGAAGAAAAGAGCAAACAGACGCUUUCACAUAAUGGGCCGUCCUGUAUGAACCAGCAGCAUCAGCAGCUCAAACCCCAGCUUCAGCCUCAGCACCCACAACCCCAGCCGCCGCUGCACCACCCACAGACCCAUCCCCUGCAGCACCCUCACUCUCAUGGCCCCAUGAUGGGCCCCAGUUGCAGCCUGGCUGCCCAGCAAGCUCUGUCCACCUCGCAGUCUGGAUCGGUCAUCACCCAGGCUCCUUCCACCCUCACACACUCAGGGCCAGUUGCCGGGUCGCUGUCCUCCCUCCUCCACAUGCGGAACAGACACAGACAACCGCUGCCAGCCUCCUUACCUGGCCCCCUGCCAGACCCCGCCAUGCAAGGGGCAUCUGCUCAGCACAUGCCCAUAGAGAAGCAAAUGUCGUGUAUAAUGGGGAUGCCAGGUCCUGUACACAACCCCUCCUGUUCCUCACCUCAGAGAUCCAAACAGACGCUGGGCCAUCACUUCCAACAGCACCACCCGGCAAUGGGCGCCAUCAACAACCUUGCCGUGACAUCCAUGGGUCACAUGAUGGACAUGAUGUCACAGCGUCAUCAGGCACCUCCGCUACAACACCACCACCAUCAUCCUCAUCAUCCGCAGCUUCAAGCUCCACCCCUCACCUUCCAGCAGCGGUGCCAUGCUCCACCUCCGCCGCAUCUGGGAAGCACCCACAGCCACCACGCUCAGGCUCACCAAGCGCCGCCUCCACAUCUGCACCAGGGCUCGCCUCCUGCGCCAGGAGAGUUAUCACCAGUUGCACAGCAGAUGCAGCCAUCCCAUCCAUCCCACUCCCAGCAUGCAGUGCAGGGAGGUAGUAGCUCCAGCAGUGGAGGAGGAGGAGGAGGAGGUGGGGGCAGCCGUCGCAGGAGGUCGGCGGAGCAGGACCCUGACGAGCGCAGGCAGAAGUUUCUGGAGCGCAACAGGGCGGCGGCCACCCGCUGCCGACAGAAGAGGAAAGUGUGGGUGUCGUCGCUGGAGAAGAAAGCUGAAGAGUUGACGCACACAAACCUGCAGCUACAGAACGAGGUGACGUCACUGAGGUCGGAGGUGGGUCAGCUGAAGCAGAUCCUGCUCACCCACAAGGACUGUCCCGUCACUGCCCGGCAGAGAGAGACACAGGGGUACCCCACUGCAGGGGUGAGCCCAGGGAAAAGUCCCACCACGGUAGGUCCUGGGUCUCAUCUGCAGGCCGUCCAACACAACAGCAUCUCCACCUCCUCGACAGCCGGAAGCGACACAGGCCACGACCCCAGGCCUGGACGCUAGCCCUCGCCACGUAGAGGAUUUGGUGGGACUGGAUGGAUGAAUCCUACCAGAUCUUUCUGUCAUAACUUCACUAAAGUCUCACUCAGCUGUGGAUCCAUGUGUCUUUACAUUGUAGAGGAAAUACUGAACUGGAAAGGUGAAUUUAUAAAUGAACACUGAGAUAUUUUUCGACAUUAUUAUCAUCUUUUUUUUCUUGGUCGGAGAGGAGACCAGAACCACAUACUGAUACAUUUCCAGGUGCAAAAAUGACCUUUUCUGAAAGCCUUGUUACAAACUGUGAUGGCAACUGGAUCCUUGUGUUUAUUCAGAAAAUGUUUCUGUUCACAGCAAUCUAACCUUUGCCUGUUACCCACUGACUAUGCACAUACACAAUCAUAACAUUUCUGUAUCUUUUGCUCUUAUAUCUUGCACUAAUUUAAAAAAAACAAAAACAAACAGCCUAUAUAUUAGUUUUAUAUUUCACACCUUAUGCCUUCUCUUUGAUGCAGAAGCAGCCUGUCAAAACUAUGUAUUUUUCUACAAAUAAUUCCUAAUAAGACAAAAAAAAAAAGGAUUAAAAUCGAAUCCACGUCUGUCUUGGAAAGCCAUUUAGAACAUGAUUGUACAGCACUUUUUUAACUGCCUUAAGACCCUAAAUGACUGCACCUCAUGUCUCAAUCCCUGUCAGUUAAUAAAAAAAACUCUUAUUCUGGUA